AUGCAUCCAGUGUACAGUUUGUGUCUCCUUUUGGCCCUGCUGCAUGUGUCUACAUGUCUGCUCCUGGGAGCCUUCAACAUCAAGUCUUUUGGUGAUGAGAAAGCCUCCAACGCAACCUUGAUGAACAUCAUUAGCAAGAUCGUCCACCGCUAUGACAUCGUUCUGAUCCAGGAGGUCAGAGACAAUGACCUCUCGGCCACCGAGAAACUCAUGCAGCGUGUCAACAAAGGUUCUCCACAAUUUAGGUACAAGCAUAUUGUCAGUGAGCCUCUGGGUCGUAGUUCCUACAAGGAACGGUAUCUCUUCCUAUACAGGGAGGCGACUGCGUCAGUGGCCAAAAACUAUACUUACGACGACGGCUGCGACGACACCUUCCUAAGGGAGCCCUUUGUCGUCAUGUUCUCCUCCGAUGACGCCGUUGUCAGGAACUUUGUUCUGAUCCCACAACACACCGCGCCGGAUCACGCCUCGCAGGAAGUAGACGAGCUGUACGACGUGGUGACUGACGUCCGCACCAGAUGGAACACCAACGACAUCGUUCUUCUCGGCGACUUCAACGCAGACUGCAGAUACGUCACAGGCUCGGACUGGACGAAGAUCCGCCUCUUCACCGACAAGAGCUUCCAUUGGCUGAUCCCUAACGAGGCUGACACCACGGUGUCACACGCUCAUUGUGCAUAUGACAGGAUUGUGGUGACCGAUGACAUGACGAAGGGAGUCGCGGACCACAGUGCUGAGGUGUACGACUUCAUGCUGGAUCUGAAUCUCAGCUUCAGUAUGGCAUUGGCUGUUAGUGACCAUUUCCCUGUGGAGGUGAAGCUGCUCGUUUGA